CUCAGAGGCCUUGGCUGCCAGCGCAGAGCCUGGAAACAUCAGCUCUGUCCGGGGUCGGGUCGUUGUUCUCCCGCCGCAUCAAACUGCCGCGCUGGCCUCGGAACAGAAAGGUUUCUGACGGCGUGAAGAGCGGGAACUGGCUUUGGGUCACACAGCACAGGCUGGGAGGGCGUCUGUGCUGCCGGGCCCUGAGAACUUGUGACAAGAAGUUCUCUCGGUCGCUGCCAUCGCUCCAACGUUUUCUUCACAUCUCCUGUUGCCCUGACCGCACUUAAUAAAGCCCUUCUUGGUGUGUGACACGGACCCCACCGGUUCCAGCUCCACUCGAGCUCUGCCCUUUGGUGCCGUCUCCCCACACCCAUGACCGACGGCUCCGUCACCUUCCUGCCCAGCCUGACCUGGCUCCAGAGACGGUGAAUUCCGGUCUCCUCCGGAGCCGGGCCAGGAGUUCCCUGCCCAGCCAAGCUGCUCUUCUGCCGCUCGCUUGACGUCCCCCCAGGGGAACUGCCGGCUCCGGAGCUUCUCCACGGGGCAUCUUCAAGCCUGAGCAGCACUGGCCGACUCCUGAGCCCUGGGCGAUGGGCAGCAGCCACCCAGUGCAACCUCUGCUCCGUUUUCCGUCCCCUGACCCUCCCCCAGAGGCUCUGAGCCCCCUCCCGUCUGACUGGAAGGGCUGCAGCAUCCAAGCUCUCCCUUCCGUCCCGUGCGACAGCUCCACCUCGCCUGCCCUGCCCACCGCUCCUGCCCAGCCCGGACCCUCCUGCCCAGCACUGCAGGUGUGGGACUCGUCCCACCAAGUCCCCCCGUGCCAAGGAUGUCCCAGCUCUGGGAACGGCCCAAGGCUUCCAGCCAAAGGCACUUGCAGCCCCAGCCCCUGGGAGCCGCCCGUGGGGGCCGGGGGCAGCCCAGCCCCCCUGAACCCUUUCCCUGCCCAGGAGGAGCUGGGGAGGCUCUUGGGCGGGGGCGGAACACGGGGAGCCCCAACAUUCCAUCCCGCGACACCACAAAGAGUCCUUAGUAACCACCAGCCAGAGGGACGAUGGCGCAGCCACCACUGCGGCUCCCAGCUCGUGGCUCCCGCGACCCCCCGGUUUUUGGGCUCCUGCAGCCCCUACAGCCAUUCAUGCUCCCCCAGAGCUUCUGCCCCCCAGGUAGGGACCAACCGCGACCCCUGCAGCCCGGGACGCUCCUGGGGGCAAGAGCGGAGGUGAGCGCCGGCCAUGGCUCCUGUCUCUCUUGCAGGCUCAGCCCCCCGGUGCCCACUGCCCGGGCAGGAGCAGCCCUUCCCCGGAGCCUGGGCACCCCCGGCGGGGGGGGCACCCCCGGCCCCCCAGGCCCCACCAGCAGGGCUGCAGAGAGCACCAUGCGGCUGCUGGUUCGACCCGCGGGUGUUCCAGUACCAGUGGGCCAUGUCCUACGGCCACCAGGGCACAGCGGUGGCCCCAACCCCGGUGUUGAUGCUGACGCCCAUCCCCGGCUACCAGCACAUCCAGGGGCAAUGGGCACAGCCCUACAGUUCCAGCACGGCCACCGCCGCGGGGACACCUGGCGUCAGGAACAUCCCCGGGAGGAGCAGCAACGUCCCCACCAGCUCCUCUGCUGCUUCCCAGUACCAAGCCCAGGAAGACCCAGCAGCGCUCCAGGAUGUCACCGAGGAGAUGCUGCUGGAAGAGGCCCAUCGGCUCUUUGGUGUCUCCCGGGAUGCCGUGGGGGUCACCGAAGAUGGUUCCAGCAGCGGCCCCCCAGCUCCUGACCCUGCGGAGCCUGGGGACCUGGGAGCCAGCCUGGGCAUUUCUGAUGAGGAGCUGAUGGAGGAGGCCCUGCAGCUCCUCGGAUGCCCCCCGGCCAUGGGGCAGCUCUGCCAGACUGGUGCCAGCAGCAGCCCCACGUCUGGGGACACUGGGGACACACAAGGACGUGAGACUCUGGUGGCCCCAGCUUCGCCCCUGCUGCCAAAGCCCGACACCACCUAUGGGCACGAGGGGCCACUCAACGUCUGCAGCACGGCCACCACCGUGGGGACACUGCCAGGCAGCACCAGCCCCCUGGGCAGCACCAGCCCCCCCAGCACCUCUGCUGCCCCCCACCACACAGCUCCUGGGGACACGGUGGGACACGGUGCCGCUGUCCAAGAGGUGCCACUGGAGGAGGCCCUCGAGAUCUUCGGCUGGUCCCUGGACGUGCUGGGGGUGGCCCAGGACACUCCCGCCAGCAGCCCCAGGCCAGGGGAGCAGCGGGGGCAGAAGCGGGGACAGAGCCCCUCGGCAGAGCCCCCCAGCAAGCGCAGGGCUCUGGCAGCGAGCAGGGGGGUGGGAGGGGGGGAUUAGUUGAGAGAACACCGGGGGUGGGGGUUGGGAGAUGAGAGGUGCAGUAUUUGGGGGUGGGGGUCUGGGGUGUGUGGGAGGGGUGCAAGUGUAUUUGGGGUCUGGGGGGUUGGAGGGUGUGGGAGGAGGGUGGUGGGUUUGGGGUGGGGGGUCAG